CAUUCUAUAAACCAUGAUUAAACCGAUAAAACCUCUUAGAGAAAGAACCCUAGCUUAGUCUCAUCAUUUCGAAUCUCGAUCGCGCUAACAGCGAUGUCUAGCCUUCGAAGAGCUCUCCUCGUCGCCGGGAAGACGAAGAUCAACCUCCAGAACUGCCAUUUCAUCACCGGAAUCAACUACAACGGCCUCACCGUGAAGCAGCUACAAGAGCUCCGAGGGAUCCUCCGCGAAAACAGCAACACGAAGCUCCUCGUCGCGAAGAACACUCUCGUCUUCAAGGCCCUGGAAGGAACCAAGUGGGAGUCUCUGAAGCCGUGUAUGAAAGGUAUGAACGCGUGGAUCUUCGUGCAGACCGAAGACAUCCCCGCGGCUUUGAAGACGUUCGUCAGUUUCCAGAAGGAGAAGAAGUUAUUCGAUAAUAACUUGGGAGGUGCUGUGUUCGAGGAGAAGCUGUAUGGUCCGAAGGAUUAUAAGGUUAUUGAAACGAUGCCGUCUCGGGCUGAUGUGUAUGGUGUGAUGUUUGGUGCGUUGCAUUGGCCGGGGUUGGAUCUUGUUAACACGUUGCAAGCACCUUCUGCGUCGGAAAAUGAGAGUGCCGCUGCAUAGAGUAGUUUUCUCAAUUUGUUAUAUCGAAAUGCUUUAAAUUUAUCAUUUGUGUUUGUUCUUCCGGAUUAAAGAUAUGAUAUUUUUUAUGAAAAUAAAUUCAAACUUCAGUU